CGCAACCGCGGCGCUCCGCAGGGAGGGAGGGACGGACGGACAGACGGACAGAGGGAGGGAGCGCAGCGCCCCCGCCUCGCAAACAUCGCCCGUUCCCCGGCGUGCUGGCCACGCCGGCCACCUCCGGGCCGGAUGCUGCUGCGAGGCUGCUGGCUGCAGAUGUGCUGUGGUAACCUGUGCCCCGCCAGGAGGUGCUGCCUGCCUUAGCCACUCCUGCCAGCCCAGCCAUGGCCUCAACGCCCCAGUGAGGGACAAGAGGACGAGGAGAGAGCGUCCCCAACCCUGCCACAUCCCCUGGGACAGCCAUGGAGGCCCCUCUGGAUGUGCCUGUGGGGAACCUCAUAGACUUUGACACCGAAGCUCCCUCGUGUGACCCCUCAGCUCCCGCCGCUCCCGCCGCCCCCAGCGACAACAACCACCCAGGGGACACGGGGGACGGCGUGGCCGCGGAGGAGAGCGAUGCCACCGAGUCAGCAGACAGCGAGAAUGACAUGGGGGACUCUCCCCAGCACUGGGGUGGCCCCAGGCGCUCCUCCUCCAACGAGUCCUUCUCCUCCAGCCAGAGCACGGAGUCGGCGCGGGACGAGGCCACGGCCGAGCGCCGGGAAUUCAUGCGGAGUUACGUGGAGAAAAUCUUCACAGGGGGAGAGGAUUUGGACCAAGAGGAGAAGGCCAGGUUUGGGGAGCUCUGCAGCAGCGAGGACGGGAAGGGCAGGGAGUGGUUUGCGAGAUACGUGAGCGCCCAGCGCUGCAACUCCAAGUGUGUGUCAGAGCAGACCUUCUACCGCCUGAUGCAGUCCUUCGCCCUCGUGCUCUUUGAGUGUCACCAGAUGGAUGAUUUCAGCCCUGCCAAGAACCUCAUGACCAUGUGUUUCACCUAUUACUACAUAGGGAAACCUCACUCCCUGCCCCUGGAGGCCAAGGAGAAGCCCACGGGCAGCAUCGACUCCUACCUGAAGUCAGCGAACACCUGGCUGGCUGAGAAGAAGGACAUUGCAGAGAGGCUGCUGAAAAACACCUCAGCCAAGACAGAGAACGUCAAGGGCUUCUUUGGGGGCCUGGAGACCAAGCUGAAGGGUCCUGCCACCAAAAAGAGCGACGAAGGUGAGGACAAACCAAAGGAGAAGCUGAAGAAGACAGUGUCCCUGCAGAGCCCAGAGGAGGAGAAGAAAGGGGAGAAGAUUUACCUGUACAUGCACCUCAAGCAGCAGCCGAUCUGGCACAACCUCCGCUUCUGGAACGCCGCCUUCUUCGACGCCGUGCACUGCGAGCGCAGGAAGAGAUCCCCCACCACCAGAGGGAACACUGGGGAGGAAGAGGAGAAGAGGGAGAAGUGGUGCCACAUGACGCAGGAGGAGCGCGACGACAGCCUGCGCUUCAACGAGAACAUCACCUUCGGGCAGCUGGGCACCUUCAUCCACAACAUGCUGGCCUUUGGCCUCAGCAAGAAGCUCUGCAGUGACUUCCUGAAGAAGCAGGCGACCAUCGGCAACUUGGAUGAAGAGCAAUACAAGCUGCUCAGUGACCACAUCGAGCAGAUGGCCGUGGAGUAGCCGCCAGGCCGGCACGUGGUGGUGGAGAGCCAGGGCCGGACAGGUGGGGAGGGGAGAGGAUCCCACCUCCGGGGCUACCUGAGACUGAAGCUGGGCUACCUACAAACCAAACUACACACACGAGCUGCAAUAAAACCUGCAUGAUCGUCCACCAAACUCUAGAGCUGCCCCAGGGCAGCCUGUAGACAUAGGAGCCAAACAGCCCCUGCCCUCGCCAGACCCUCCCGCCUCUAUUUUCAGAGUAGACAGUCCCAAAAGUGAAUUUUGUUGGUUGAAAUCAAAACAAAACACAAGGGAAAAGCAGGAAGAGCGUGGCUGUGCAGCCCCCAAGUGCUGCAGCCCCCCAUGAAAGGCUGGUGAGGUGUCUGGGGGUAAAUCCAGAGGUACCCAAGGCUCCCUUUCCCUGCUGCUGUCCCCUCGCUGAUGCUGGAGCUGCACCAGGGAUGCAGGAGGUGAUGGCAGCACCACAGCCAGGAGCUGGGGCUGCACCCAGCCACCACUCAGGUCGUGUGGUGUCACCAGGGAUGCCACCACUGGCUGGGGACACGGGCAAGGGGCAAGGUGGGGCUGGCAAAGCGCUGCUGCCACCCUCGGCGUGCAGCUCCUUGGGAGCUGGAGGGAAAUCCCUCCCUUGGGGAGCCUUCACUGUGCUGCCUCUGUGGGUUUGUACCUCUGGGCAAAGAGACAACAGCUUGCUCCAUAGCAUGAGCCUGGAUCAGUAGGAAAAAAGCCAUGGCCGAGGGCAGGAUUGCAGGCAGAGGAGGCAGAGGAGCUCUGCCUGCCGUGGGAGGAGAUGACAGAACGCCUCAUCCCUCUCCCUGCUGCCCCCUCAGUGUCGGGAUGCUGCUGCUUUGUGACAUUUCCCAAAGCCUCCUGGCGUCCUGUGGCAGUGGAUUAAUUGUUCUCCUUCCCCAGGCUGCUCCUCUCUGCCCUCUCCUUCGCCAGCUCUUCGCUCCAGCUACUCAUCCAUCAAACCUGAAACUGCC